AGAGAUUUCCUUAUGAAGGUACAUAUCUAAUAAACAUGGCGACUGCCAAGUGACAACGCGUUUUGCUGUAUUAAUUGCUUUUCAAUUUUGAGUUUAUUACAUGAUUAUAUUUAGCAAGUAAUUUACAAAAUAAGACAAUUUCCUAUUUUAUUAUUUCAAAGGAACAUAGCAAUUAAAUAAUAAAAUAAUUUUUUGAACAAAAUCAUCGUGUCGAAACAAGCUUAAAAGGAGAAUAUUUAGACUGAAUAAAAUAAAAAUGCCUACACAAACAGAAAAUGAUGAUAUUCGAGUGAAAAUUAUUUAUAAUGGGGAAGUGCAGAUUACGUAUAUCACUCCUGGCAUUUCAGUAGACACCUUACGAGAAGAAAUGCGUACAAUAUGUGGAUUUGGUGCUGCAGGACUAGAUCAGUUUACAAUGAAAUGGGUUGAUGAUGAAGGGGAUCCAUGUAGAAUUGCUUCUCAACAUGAACUGGAUGAAGCAUUACGUCUUUAUGAAUUAGAAAAGGAUACUGAAAUUACUAUACAUGUUUUUCCUAACGUGCCACCUGCGCCAGGAAUGCCCUGUCAGGGAGAAGACAGAAGCAUCUACAGACGCGGCGCACGUAGAUGGAGGAAGCUGUACCGAGUGAAUGGUCAUAUAUUUCAAGCGAAACGUUUCAAUCGGCGAGCGUUUUGCGCAUUCUGCCAAGAUCGGAUUUGGGGGCUAGGUCGGCAGGGGUUCAAGUGCAUUCAAUGCAAACUUCUGGUACACAAGAAAUGUCACAAGGUGGUGCGCAAGCCAUGCUUGAGUGUACAACAACAACAGCAACAACAGAUGCCAAGCACAGAAUCGCAAACGAUCGACAGGAACGGCGAUCAACAACAGCUUGAUUCUGUCCAAUGCAGCCCCGUAGCUCAUCUCGAGGAUGAGAUCUCAGAAUCGGCAAUUAUCGAGGAGCAUUCACGCAAUCGAACCGGAAGUGAAGAAAGGGAGGAAUUGCCACUGGAUACAUUAAACGAUGCAGAUAAUUCAAAUGAUAUGCAGAGGCAAUACUCGUUAAAUGAUUUCGAACUGAUUAGGGUAAUCGGUCGUGGUUCCUACGCGAAAGUUUUGAUGGUAGAGUUAAAACGUACAAAAAGGAUUUAUGCAAUGAAAGUAAUUAAAAAAGCCUUAGUAACGGACGACGAAGACAUCGAUUGGGUUCAAACGGAGAAACACGUGUUCGAAACCGCCUCGAAUCAUCCUUUCCUUGUGGGACUUCACUCAUGCUUUCAGACGCCUUCUCGUCUAUUCUUCGUAAUCGAGUUCGUACGUGGCGGAGAUUUGAUGUUCCAUAUGCAGAGACAACGCCGUCUUCCUGAGGAGCAUGCUCGAUUUUAUGCAGCUGAAAUCAGUCUUGCUUUAAACUUUUUACACGAGAAAGGUAUUAUAUACAGAGAUUUAAAGUUGGAUAAUGUAUUACUUGAUCACGAAGGACACGUAAAAUUAACUGAUUACGGAAUGUGUAAAGAAGGCGUUAGAGAGGGUGACACAACCGCUACAUUUUGUGGCACUCCGAAUUAUAUUGCACCCGAAAUAUUGAGGGGUGAAGAUUAUAGCUUCUCUGUAGAUUGGUGGGCGCUUGGUGUACUUCUGUAUGAAAUGCUUGCAGGUCGUAGCCCGUUCGAUAUCGCGGGCGCAUCAGAAAAUCCAGAUCAAAAUACCGAAGAUUAUCUGUUUCAAGUUAUUUUACAGAAGACAAUUCGUAUACCAAGAUCAUUAUCGGUCAAAGCAGCAUCAGUUCUUAAAGGUUUCCUCUGCAAAGAUCCAAAUGAAAGAUUAGGCUGUGGCAAGAGACCAACUGCUUUUCUUGAUAUUGUUGCCCAUCCCUUUUUCAAAGCCAUAGAUUGGGAAAUGUUAGAACAAAAACAAGUAACACCGCCAUACAAACCAAGAUUAGAUUCUGAUCGUGAUUUGGCCAAUUUCCCACCAGAAUUUACAGAUGAACCAGUACAUUUAACACCAGAUGAUCCGAGAGUGAUUGACAAAAUCGAUCAAAGUGAAUUCGAGGGCUUCGAAUAUGUGAACCCGUUACUUAUGUCUUUGGAAGACUGCGUGUGACAAGAACCGCUUGUUAUUGUGCCACGUCACACUCAAAAUCAGCAACAAUUACAUUCGUGUUAUAUGUAUGAAUUACAAGAUAAAUUUGCGAAACUCCGAAUCGAUCCCCUUUUAAAUAUCAGCUCAAGAAAUCGAGGUUAUCAUAACAAUGUUUUUUUAAUGACAUAUUCUGAAGAGAAUGAGAACGACAAUAAUUAUAACGAAUAUCGGUUAUCACCACCUUUUCCAUUUCGAUACGAAAAUCCGAUAUGCUCCAGUUCUCUAAGUAUCACAGACGUGACGUACGGCUUUAGCAAUAAUAAUGAGAUCAUUAGUAACUAUGAUGAACACAAUUAUGACGAUGAGAAAGAUGAAAGUCCGAAGAAAGGACUCUUAAAGCAAAUGUUUUGCCUUCCAUUAAAUUAAGCUAAAUAAGGCUUAUUUAAUAUUACGAGAUUGCCUCUAAUCAAUAGUUAAUAUAAAUUUUGUAGAUUGCAAGAGAUUUGUAACCUGCAACGGUUAAAGUUUACAGAAUCCUUGUAUUAAGUAUUGGACGAAAAAGUAUUUAAUUUGCGCCACAUAUUAUAUAUGAAUCGUGUUGAACUCUUCUUUCACAUGGUGCUGCAACUUAAACGUAUUAAUGGGUAUUAUUUCCAGCUAUUUUUAGAAGAGAAAUUAAUUAAAAUGGAAAAUGUACCUGACUGCUUCGAUUAAUCUCGUAGAUAAUAUGUCAUUCCGUUGCGCAGUCGUUCUAUUAAUAUUUACAAGCAUUGUAUGAUCUACUAUAUUGCUUGCAUGAAUGUAUUCACUAAAAACCAUAGCAACAAAAUAUUUCUAACGAACUUAUAUCUAUUUAAAAAAAA